CCAGCAAGGCAUAGAACAGGGCUAGCCUCGCCUCCUUCUCAGAGGGGGCAGGUCUUGUCGCUUAUUAUGAAGCCUGCAGCCAAAAGAGAAAACAGCGUUGAAAGGCUGCAUCCACACUGGAAAAAUAACCCGUACAGGUUUAAUUAUGGCAUCUCAACAGGAGGAAAAGCCCUACCCUUUUGUAGAUAUAUAUGACGAAGAUGAAGCAGACCGAAACUUUCUUCUGUCUAAGCCUACAUGUUUCGUCAUCCUUGGAAAACCAGGUGUUGGAAAGAAAACAUUAGCUAAAAAAUUGGCCCAGUUUUGGAAGUGCACGCUCAUAAAUGCUUCAGAGCUUAUAGAGGAGAACAUGACAGCAGAAACAGAAUAUGGAGUCAAGAGUAAGGAAUUGCUUUUUGAGGGUCAAAGUGUUCCUGAAGAAUUGCUUAUAAAGAUGCUUCUGAAUAAACUUGAAUCUCCAGAGGUUAUGCACUUUGGCUAUGUUCUAUGUGACUUCCCUAGUCUUUCUGAGGAAUUCAUGAGUAUACCGGAACAGAUAGACAGAAUUAGAAACUUAAAAUUAAAACCAGAUUUCUUGAUUAAUAUUAAGUGUCCUGACAAUGAUUUGUCCAAAAGAAUCUCUGGACAAAGACAGCAGCCAGAAACAGGACAAGUAUUUCAAAGGGAAGAGUGGGAUCCUGAUAUUAUUGAAAAACGUAAAAAAAAGAAGAAGGAACCACGCAAAACUGUAGAAGAGGAAGAAGAGGAAGAGGAGGAAGAAGCAGAAGAGGAAACAAAUGAGGCAAUAUUUGAUCAGCUCAUGUUGACAGAAAUUUUACCAACUUUAGUACAGAGACCAGAAGAUUUUUUGGAAAAUGUGCAAGAGAGAAUUGCCAUCUAUAAAGAUACCAUGCUACAUCCUCUGGAGGAGUUAAUGGCUGAGCAGGAUUCCCAGUAUCUUUUUGAAUUAGAUGGAAACAAGACUGCAGAAGAACUUUUUACAUCAGUAAUACUCCGCCUUCAGUCCAUGGGCCUCCGAAAUGGAGCACUUAUCACCAAAUUGCAAAGUGCAGAGGAAGAGAUGUUAGAUGGACUGGAGAAUGAUGAACUUUUUCGAGUGCUUGCAGCCUAUAAGCUUGUAGCUCCAAGAUACAGAUGGCGCCGCAGCAGAUGGGGAAGGGCAUGCCCUGUGGCUUUAAAGGGUGGUGACAUGGUCAUGGGAUCACCAGAUUUUGCCAUUAGUUUUUUAGGUAAAAUGUACCUUAUGUCAUCUGAGGAAGCAUUGAAAGAGUUUAUGCUAAAUCCUCGCCCCUACCUGCUGCCACCUAUGCCACUUCCACCUUGUAAAGUCCUAGUAAUUGGACCACCAUUGUCGGGGAGAUCAACUCUAUGUGAACUGAUUGCAAACCAUUAUCAGGGAAAGGUUCUUGAAAUGGAGGCCCUUCUGAAAACACAAUAUGAAGAAGCAAGAAUAGAACUCAUUGAGCAAACUCGUAUUGAAGCAAUAGAGGCAGGCAUUGCUAAAGUGAAAGAAAGACUGGAAACUGAGAGGCUGUUACAGGAACAAGCUACUCAGGAAUUGUCUGAAAAGGACCAAGAGGAGGAGGAAUAUGAAGAGAGCACUCAGAUUGAUGAUAAAAGUCCAGCCAUGCCCAGUGAUUCAGUGUCUACUAACCAAAAAGGGAGUACUAGUAUAAAAGAAGAAGAUGAAACUGAAGAGCUGUCUUCAUCCCAGACUGCAGUUCAAACUGAAUUAACAGAGUCCUCAAUGAAGCAAACAGUAUCAGAUGUAUCUCCUGACCACCCUGAUGUUCAAGAGUUUGUACAGCAAGCUAUAGAAGCUGCAAUGAUAUCUCCAAUAUUGCUGCCACCAGAAGUAUAUGCUGGAGUAUUGGAAGAAGCCAUUGCAGCGAUUUCUGAAACAAAUAAGGACAGAUACCCAGAAGCUGCAGCUAAAGGAGGAUGGGUAAUAGAUAAUUUUCCUCCACUGGUAGAGCAUUGGGCAGCUUUGUCAGAAAAAGGACUUCUUCCUGAUCUUGUGAUUUGUUUAAAGAAUGUUGAACAAAAUGGAAGGAUGUUAGUAAGUCGAUUGUACCAAGCAAGUAAAGAAGAAAUUGAUGCAAAGAUUAUAAAGAGACUAACAGAAGAAGCUUUAAAGAAGAAACAAGAGGAGGAAGAAACAAAAAGAGAACUACAAGAAAUGUUAAGAUUGCAAGCUGAAGAAGCUGCUGAAGAUAAAGAAUCCAUGGACUACCUAGAGCAGCAAUCUGCAUCUGAAUCACAGUCCAAAAUUCAGUUUGAGACUGAAUCAGGCCAGACAGUACAAGCAACUGAAUCUACUGUGUCUAAAGAGGAAGCAAAAUCUAGAGAAUCAGAAUUAAUUGAAGGUCAGCCUGAAGAACAGAAAUCUAUAGAUUUGAAAGAACAUGAGGAAUCUAAGACUGAAUCAACAGAACACCUUGAAAGUGAGGAAAAAUCUGAGUCACCGCCUGAAAAACUGAGAAGCAUUGCAUCUGAACUAGGAGUCAAGAUGCCUGAAUAUCCUGAAGAUGGUUUCCCAGAUGUGGUAGAAAUAGAGCCACUUAAAAAGAAGAUUAUUCAAUUUAUGUUAAGUUGGCAAAAAAUGGAGGCAGCAAUUGCAGAGACACCUUUAGUUCAGACUGUUGAAUUAGAAACUGAAGAGCAAACUCCAGACAUGCUGUUUAACCGGAGCAUUUUAGCUAUGGAAAAACCUUUUAAGUAUCAUGCCUGGGAAUUAAGUCCUGAAGAUGAGGAUGAAGAACAAGAAGAUUUGCAGGCUGAAGCAGAGGCAUUGGCAGAAGAGGAGGAGGAGGAGGAGGAUGAAGAUGAAGAUACUGAUGAAGAAGAGGAAGAGAUCAUGAUCAGUUGGCUGGACUACAUUUAUAGAUUCAUCAUAGUAAUACUCAAUGCUUUAUCUGAAAUAUUUUGCGGUUGUAAGGAUGAAGAAAAAGUUGCUAUGAAGAAGAGACAUAUGGGAGACACCAAGCACUUUUGUCCAGUGGUUCUGAAGGAAAACUUUAUCCUACAUCCAGGAUUUACUGAAAACACAGCUAAAUAUAAAGAAAAAUAUUAUUAUUUUGCAAAUCCAGAAAACAGAGAUAAUUUUUUGGAAAAACCUGAAGAGUUUGUGUCUCACAAUGAGCCGUUAAAAGCUCCUCCUAUACGGAUUUUUCUUUUAGGGUCACAUGGGGCAGGUAAAACGGUCUGUGCUCGUUGGUUAGCGGACAAACUAGGCAUUUUUCACAUUCAGUUUGAGGAACGGUUACAGGAAUUGAUCAUGAUCAAAACAGGACAUAGAGUUGGAACAGAAGAUGAAGAGGAAGAGGAGGAAGAUGCCUCAGCUGGAAUGCAUGAAAUGGUAGAAUCCACUCCAGCUGGUCCUGACAGUAUAACUGAAACUGAAUUUGAGAGUGAAGAUGACAGUAAACGAGUCCAUGAGAAAGAAACACAGUUAACAGAUGAGGAAGAAGCAAUCAAGGCAAAUAUAACAGAUAAUGAGCCCAUACCCAUGGAGGUUCUUGACACAAUUGUUCUUGAUUGGUGGAUGAAGGAACCAUUUCGAUCUACGGGAUUUGUAUUGGAUGGUUUUCCCCGAACUGGAGAUGAAGCUCAGUACUUAGCAGAGCGUAUGCUUUGUCCUGAUGUUGCAGUCUUUCUUGAAGCUGAUGAAGAUGAUGUUACUGACCGACUUCUUCCCACGCGGGUGCAAAAAUGGCGUGAAAAACAAGCUAGGAAAAUGGAAAAGAAGCAGCAAAUAAGAGAAAUGAAAGAAAGAAUCAGAGCUGAGCUAAUUGCCAAAAGAAGAGCACAGCUUGUUGCAGAAGCAAAAAGGAGGGGAGAGCAUAAUAUAAGUAGAGAUGAAGGUGAGGUCCUAGAUGAGGAAGAUGAAGAUGAGGAAGAAGAUAUUGAAGCUGUUCUGGAAGAAGAAUUUCCAAAAGAUGAGGAUGAGGGUGAAGAUGAGGAAGAAGAAGAAGAGAGUGAUGCCAUUGAUCGCAUGAAAACUGAAAUUGUGGAAAAAUAUGAAACAGAUAUUUCUAAUAUGCAAACUGUACAGGAGGAACUUGACAAAUUCUUGAUACCACAAAUAACUAUUAAUUGUAAGCGGAAAAUUCACAUUGUCUGCUACCAGUUGUAUAAAAAACUGAAGGACCUAGUGGAAAAUCGUGAAAGCAUUUUUGAGAAAUGCUAUCCAUUAAGUUAUUCCCUUGCACGCAAGAUGAUAGUUCUUUCUUAUAAACACCCAAGCAAUUUUGGUCAGUGGGACCCAAUCAAGCUAUUUGAAGGAGAUGCUAUCAAACCUUUCCAAAACCAAGAUACUCCAAGCUUCCCUGCUCUCCAUCGCAACUGUGUUUAUUUUUUUACAAGCAAAGAAAAUAGAGAAGUAUUUAUGAAAAAUCCCAUCAAAUAUCUCCGUCAGCCUAAACCAAAACCCACAGUGCCAGUGAAGAUUGCAAUUGUGGGACCUCCAAAAUCUGGAAAAACAACAGUUGCCAAAAAAUUUGCAAGUACCUAUGGAUUAAUGCGUCUUUCCAUGGGUGAUGCCCUCCGCUGGAUAUUAAACAAUCAGCCAGAGACUGAGCUAGCCCUUGUACUGAAGUGGCACCUUCAUAAAGGAUUGACUGCGCCUGAUGAACUUGCCAUAAGAGCUCUAGAUACCGUAUUGAUGGAUACUGUAUGUAACACCACAGGAUUUGUUAUUGAUGGAUACCCAGUAACAAGAAAGCAAGUCAGUCUCUUGGAAGAAAUGAAAAUUAUUCCUGUAAAAAUCUUUGAGUUACAGAUUGAUGUGAAGGAGGUUCUUAGAAGAGCACUGCUGGAUAAACAAACUCCUGAAAGAUAUCCUUAUCCAAUGCACGAUAGCUCCCAUAUUUUUUCUGUCAAGAAUUCCUGUUACAAAGCACAAAUUGAAGAAAUCAGACCAUACUAUGAGGAACAGCACCAGAAUUGGUACGUGAUUGAUGCAUACCACAGCAAAUGGUGGAUCUGGGACAAAGUACUUCAGGAAACACAAGCAAUAACUAAACAAAUUCAGUCGUACCUAGAAAGAAUACGGCAAGGAAAAGCAGCUAGUAUAGCUGAUAUGUGUAUCAUGCCAGAAGAACUGCUGUCUCGACUAGGAGAGUUUGGGCAAUACUGUCCUGUCACCCUUGCAGAAAAGGGAGAACUUGUUGAUUGUUCUGAAUCUCCAUCGCUGCAGUUUGCAGCAGAGUUUCGAGGACAUUACUAUAAAAUGGCUGGACAGGAGGAACUGGAUAAAUUCCUGAAUGAUCCAGAACGAUAUGUUCCCCCAUUAGCACCUUAUGCUCUUCCUCUCCCACACAUGCUACCAAAGAAAUUGACUGCAGCGGAUGUGAAGGCUUUAUUUCCCAUGCAAGCCGAAAUGCAAGGAUACUGCCCAGUCACUUAUCUUGAUGGGAAGCAAAGAUAUGAAGCUCUAGUACCUGGGGACAUUGAAUAUGCCAUACUUUAUCGCAAGAAAUUAUACAUAUUUGAAAGUGAAGAAAAACUUCAGAAAUUUAUGAGAUUACCAGAAAAAUACUGGAAUCAGACGCUUCCAACUAAACUUCCCCCUUUACAGGAGCCAAUACUGCUGACAGCUCUUCCUCUGACUGGAUAUCUUGAGCAGGGUGUGGCAACUGCUCUGAUAAAAGCAAUGAAUGAAGUAGGGUGUUUAAAGCCAAAAUUUCCAUUCAUCAGUGUGAAAAGGACUGCUCUGCUGUUCAUCGCCUAUCAUUUAAAAGCGUAUAACCCCAGAAGUUCUGAUUAUAUACGAAAGAAGUACAAGAGGAAGUUGGAACAGUUUGUAGAUCACUGUGAACUUAUCCCGUAUUUGGGAACAAAAAUGACACAGAAAUACAAGGAGCCACAAAAUCGACCUAUUGAUUUUGAUCACAAAUUACAGACCUUUUUAUCUCUCAAAGAUGUAGACCCAUCUUCUCAAGAGUUUUGAACACUGCACAAUAGAAAAAGUAUGGUAUGUACACAUCUGAAAGGUUCAGCUGGCUUCAUAUUUGUGGAACCUCCUUUAUAAAUGAAAGUGAACUAAAGUCAUGUUGUUAACACUUCCUACAUCAUAAAUAAUACUGUAAUGUAGUUUCAUGCAUCUUAAUAUGAACUUUUGCAAAACUUUUAUAAAUGUAACACUAAUAACUAACACAAGUACUCACAAAUUUCCACUCAAAUCUAAAAAGCUUUCAUAGGAAAUAAAUUGUAGUAUUUCGAUUGAUCUUAUUUCUAACUGAAUGUAUAUCCUAGGAGGGCACAGCCAUACAAGAACUUCAUAAUAUUAUCUUCUAAGAGUGGAAAAAUGAAUAUACAUGGGGCAUUUGAUGGUAAAAUCAAGAGCAUUUCUUAAACACUGUUGGGAGUAGUAUUUGCCAUUUCUUUCCUACUCUUUCAGGGCUUCCUUUGCUCUCCCCACAUUAUAUCCCAAUCUUCUCAGGUUUUUUCCCUCUGAAGUUGGGGCUGGGGAGCUGCAGCAAGACUUGCAUGAGGGUUAAGAAAUACAAAAGUGGAUGUAUAGUCUCCAAGGUCAGACCUCACCUCCAGGCUUGGAUCAAUGGUUUUGAUCUGAUCAUUGGCCCUUGCAAACACUAAGAUCAGAGCUUGGAAAAAUAACGACAGGGUGUUCUGGGAAUUGGAGUCUUCAUAAGUAACAUUUCUGAACUAUGUGCAGUAUUGCAGCUUCAUUUUCUUAAAUGUUUUAAAGUGCUAAAACUUCCUUCAAUGUUAAACUAUUGUUUUUAUGCUGUUUUUACUGUUCUUUAUGUUAAAUAUCUGGAGCAUUUAUUUAAUUGCAGUCCUUAAGAGAAUGCUUGGCUUAUUAGUGAUAUGUUCCUUAUUUUCUACCUAUUUUUACUUGAAAUAAAACAAUAUUCAGCUGUA